GCUGAAGUGGCUCAAGCCACGAAAGUGGCUAGUGCAGUGGCUGCCUUUCUCAGCUGGUCAGCUGUUCGUUUGUGUGGUUCGGGUUGAUCAACUUUAUUUUGUUGGGAAAAUGGCUGCGGGUUGUUGUGGUACCAAGAAACAGAAACUGAAUGGUUUAAUCAAUGCUCCAGUCUGUAAUGGUACCAUACCAGCCCCAACCAAUGGGUCGAUCAGCAAUGGAACGGGAAUGGUAGCCUUGCCUGAAAUGUGUUUCUUUUGUUUUGACGUGCUAUAUUGCCACUUGUACAAUUUAGCUCCUCCUAAAACACCCUCCUUCAGUAAUGAUGCUUAUCCUUUAUUUGUGACUUGGAAAAUCGGAAAGGAUAAAAGAUUGCGCGGUUGCAUCGGGACGUUUAAUGCGAUGAACUUGCAAUCGGGCUUGCGAGAGUACGCUAUUACUAGUGCAUUUAAGGACUCGCGUUUCAGCCCGAUUACUCGCGACGAAUUACCGAAACUUAGUGUAUCCGUGUCAAUUCUAAGGCACUUUGAAGAUGGCGAUGACUACCUUGACUGGGAGGUUGGAACACAUGGUAUAAGAAUUGAAUUUAUGAAUGAAAGAGGAAAUAAGAGGACGGCGACUUACUUGCCGGAAGUUGCUUCAGAACAAGGCUGGGACCGCCUACAGACAAUAGAUUCUCUGCUUCGAAAAGGAGGAUACAAGUCUCCGAUUUCGGGUGAUGUGCGUCGCACAAUAAAACUUACUCGGUACCAAAGUGAAAAAAUAACUGUUAGCUAUAAUGAAUAUAUGAACUAUUGGAACGGCCAGCGGUGCUAGCAACUAGUGUGGGGGCGCUCCACAUCCCACGUUGCGUCCCCACAACAACCACCAUCUCCAUUUUGUCAUCAACCUCCGCUAUACCUCCAAACUAUGCCACCGCCGCCGCCCACUUUUGUCGUCGUGCAGCCUCCACUCUCCCCCUUCGGUUCCACGGUAACUCAUCAGUACGUACUGCCCUCUCCAAUGCCGCUCUGGUGGCACCAGUGUCUACCAGACGCUCCCAAUUCCUGCCAGACUCGCGUAAAUUUCGAGGCCGCCGCUGCACCCGGAGGUACAGAUGCGUCAUACUUCGUCGAAACCGGAGGAAGUCAAAUUUAUCCUAAGCCGAAGUGACCCUUGAGGUGCCUUAUGAGGUUAUGUUAUUGUUUAAAGUUAUAGCAGAGACAAUUGCGUUGGCUCUGUUUCGUAAAGUUGGCUCUAAUUGUUGUCGGAAUUUCUGUCCUUAUGUUUUAAGAACACGUAUGGUUUGGCCUCUAGUUUGUGCGUUUAGGGAUUUGUAAAUAAAAGUUUUUGGGUGCUACAAGUUUCAUUUUUUAUGCAUAUCUUUCAUUGUAGGUACAUAUCUUUGAUAAUCUCUGUCAAAACUGUUAAGAUUCAAAAUGUUAUUUUUUAUUAUAAAUGAAGUAAAUAUUAAUGUGUUGUCAGAAAAUAUACUAAAAAGUUAAGUUUUUAAGAAUUCAUGAUACAUCAUACCGCGUCCGUGUAAGAAGCGAAUUAUAUCGGAAAAAAAUUACUUAUUAACAAAAAUUCAAAAUUAACCUUUUACAAAGUUUAAAAUUCGCCCUAUUCACUUAAGGGUGCCCACUAGUUACUCCAGUGGAUUGACCUUAGAAAAUUUACCUAAGUAUUUUGUCCAUUUUUCAUAUAUUUUCUUUGUAAGUUCGUUUGACAUCUUUAGUAGUAGUAUUACUUUUUUCUACCUAUCUCUCAUCUAUAAUAUGAAAUAAUUAUUUAAUUUAUAUUUAAGCCAUUUCUCCGAAAAACUGUAAGGGUUAAUUGAAAUGCCCUUUGAGAUAUUUUUCAAAUUAUGAAAUAUACAAGUUUAGGUUGAAAACUGUUUUCAAUGCUUAAUGUCUGGCCAAUUGGCAAUUAUGUUAUUCUAAAAAAGUAAUUUUUUCUAAUAAUAUCAAACUUGUGGUGCAACAUAAACUUUUUAUUUGCUUAGAUAUUAAAUGAAGUAGGCAUUUGAACGGUUUUUACGUAUUUUUACACAUAAGCAAAACAUUGUUAUAAAUUGCUAAAUAGGUAUGACGCAUCUUAAAAUGUUACAUCAUGCCACUUUUAUACUGCAAGAAAAUAAAUUAAAAACCAAUAUACCUAUUUGGUUGCUUAUUUCUAAUGUAAAGAACAAAAGAAUUUUCUUUUAUUGUGAUGUAUGAAAGUUAUUUGAACAUUUAUCGUACCAAGAUCCACAUCGAGCUUAGAUUUAAAAUUUAUUAAGAAAAUAAGCAUGUACUCAUGUUGUGGAUUUAGGCCGAAUAUAUUGCAAAUCGUCUAUUAGCAGCCAUUCUGGUCUUUGAAAUUUAAAAAAGUUCCUGCAGCUUCUAAAUUGUAGAAAAUUUAAUUAUCUUAAUUUUUUGUUUUAUAACUUGUUCUGUAAUAAAUAACUUACCGUUUAGGUAGAAAGGCGAAUUUGAAAACGGCCAAGGGAAAUGAUAUAUUUUCAUUUUUAACCUUUCCUUAUGGAACACUAAUGACUAAUAAAAAAUAACGGUUGCAUGGAUUUUUUAAACUUACAGGCCUUAUUGGAUGCCAGAGGUUAAUUGUAUUAUUUGUUCAAAAUAUCGUUUUUGUCAUAAUUAUUAUAAAUUGAAAAUUAGAUCAUUUGAUAAAUGAUAAGUACAAAAUUAAAAGCUAGGAUUUUUUGUAGUUAUACAAAAUAUUGAAAGUCUACCUACCUCUUGAGACCGCUACUUUAAAUAUCUGCCAAACCGUUGCCAUUGAUUACCUUAAUCAGUGUUUCAAAUGUGUCAUAAUGACAUUAAUAUGAUAUAUUUAAGAUAUUCAAAGCCGUGGUCUUUAAUUUAAUACAAAUCCCUUUUAAGUCCUUUUCAGGUUACUUAUGGUUUUGGAAGCAUAUUCGUUUAUAAAAAAUCAAGUAUGGAAAAGGUUGCAUCGUUUUUGCGGUAGUUUUCAGGUUCGUUUACUGUAUUAUUGUAGGCUUAGCUGAUUUUAUAAGAAUGGUUGGGUUUGGGUGAUCUUAUAACGAAUAUAAAAGAAAAAUAAUUUAUGUAGGGUUAUUAAAUUAAGGGAAUAUUCCAAAGAAAUAUAUUGGUCUGAUGUCGACAGUUUUUCAAAAUAUUAAAUUUAAAUCUAUUCUAAAAAAUGUAAAUUUUAACCAGGAGUGUAAGUGUCAUCAUUAAAGGUCAGGAUAAAAAAAAAUAAAAACAUACUAAUUUAGUAAAAGGGCCGUUUUAACAUAGGGGAGAGGGGCGCACAUUCGGCCACUUAAGGGUUUUUGAUUUACAAAAUUCUGAAAAGUCCACAUUUUUUACCAUUUUUCUUAAUGUAAUUUCUUAGCAUCUAAAGGAUAACAAAAUAAUAAUUAGCUAAUAUAAUAAUAAUCAAUGUAAUAUUUUUAUAUUAUAAACUAGCUAUUUAAGAAAUCCAAACAGAAUCCGGGGCACAAUCGGUCACUGGCCCGAUUUAUUGUACUUUGUGAUGUGUACCCCGACAUAUGUGGCUGAAUGUGCCCCUUUGGGUAUCCAAGACAACAAAAAUGUGCGGCCAACACGUGGUUGUAUUUUGAGGUUAUAUUACUUUAAAUACUAAAACUAAAGACUAUCAAGCUUAAAUGUACACAUUUUUACAAAACUGUAUUGCAAAAACAAUAACUAAAAAUAUUUUUUUACGAAAUUUAAAAAACUUACCUUUUUAUCAGAAAAAUACACUUUUUUUCACCAAAAUUUUAUGCACGCUGUGUGGUGCCGCCAAACAACAACAAUGAUGUAAUAAAGCUAUGUUGCCACUUAUUUAGUAAAAACCAACGUGAAAUUCGAAAUAUUUUGAAAGUUAUUAGCAAUGGCCGAAGCUGCCCCUAUGCCGAAUGUGCCCCCCUCUCCCCUACAUAUUUCAUUGAAACUAUUAUAUUAUUAACCUAUUAUUGCCCAAAUAUAUUUUUUGUACAUCUUUGCCGUACAUUUCUGUUCAUAUAUUAUCAUGUAGACCCAUGUACUCAGGGAAUAUUUAUUUUUUGAGCGAAGUCCCUCAUUUUAUGAUGCUCGGCUUAGGUAGAAAUUAUGCCAAUAGAUGUUAAUUUAGCAAAGCAGACUUUUAAAUUAAUUGUGUGCAAUAUAUUUAUAUGUAGUUUUAUAAAUUAUGCCUUAAAAACAAUAACGUUUGUUUUUUGAUAAUUUUGGUAGUUUUGGUCCGAAUUACGAAUUUUACAUAUUCGCUAAUUUUCCCUCUUUGCUGUAUUGUCGUUUUUAUUGUCAUAGCUGGUGCCUUUAGAAAUGUUUUUUUUUGGACUAAUAGACAGAUUAACUCGAUGACUUUACCUACUAGAUAUCAUAUCUAUUUAUUAUUAGAUACCAUAUCUAUUGCUCUUCUCUUGUAAGGGCAUUACUAGCACGCAAGUUUCGAAACAUUUUAUAAAAGAAAUUAACCGAGAAAAAAUCUACAUUUUCAUUUGAUCUCGCCGAAAAUACAUUGUUUUCACACGGAAUAACAUACUUUAUCAGGAUUUCUAUUAUUUCAUCAAAAGAUGCCACAGGUAUUAUUGAAAAAAUCUUUAUUGUAAAAAUAUGUUUGGAAGCAAAAUUCUAAUUUUGAAAAAACUGUGCCUGUUUUCUUUAUCUGCUUCAGAAAUAUAUAAGUACCCAUCUUUUGGAUAAGCAAUACUACUAAAGCAUAUUCUAAUUUAACUCAGUAGUUCUUUUAAUGAGUGAUGGAAGGUGACGGUAUGUGAACUAAUACUGAUUUUACAUUUACUUGAUUCAAAGAUACAUUUUGUAUAUAUCUUUGAGGUUUUGAAUUAUUGAUUCUUUCGUGCUUCGUAGGACACCCUGUCCUCUCCUACAACCUUAUGAUUAACACUCAUUUGUGAUUUUUUACUGUUUAUUUAAAGUUUAAUAACUUAGACGGUUUGAUUUGUAUUGGUUUUAAAUUGCUUUUUCUAUUGCUUUUAAAUUAAUGUAGUUUUAAGGUUGACCACACUUUAACUUCUACUCACACUUCUUUCUUCUAUAUAAAUGACAUACACAUUUUGUCUCAUCUAUUUCUUUAUAUAGAAAAUAACUAACUGUUGUUUCCAUCCAUAAUCCUUGUUUCAUUAAUAUUUGUCCCUUUGUUCAUUAUUUUAUUUUCACAUAUUUCAUGUUCUUAUUACUAAACACUAGUUUUAUAUCCCAUUUUAUAGAUAGUUGAAGUUGAAAUCCAAAAACUGUAGAAUUCGCAGAUUCAAAUAUUAUUGAAGGUUUACUUUUCACUUCAAACAAGCAUAUUAUUUUUAACCUGACCUGUAGGUGACGUUUCUAGUUUUUAUAAAAAAAAAAACAUUUUUAGGAAACACAUUCCAUUCUUUCUAAUUUUCUUUUCUUAUUAUUCGGAGUUUUAUUUUUUAAUUCAAUGAUAUCCUGUAUAUCUGGUCAUUUUAACUAUACAACAAAGUUUUCAAUUUAAUAAAUAUAUAAUAAAAAUGACAAGGCAUAUAUAUAGACAGCACACAAGGACAAUAUAUAAAUUUAUAUUAUUUUUUACCACGUAUUUCCGUGGUUGCCAAAUUAAGAUAAAAAAUAUAUAUCUUGGUUAAGCUUGUUUUUAUUUUUACGGUUGCCUGUUUCGUUUUAUAAGGGCAUCAAGACCUCAGUAGUAAGUUAACCAAGGAGACUGACCUCCGCGUUUCCCAAAUGAUAAGGCAUGUACGCAAAAUUAAAUGAUAACUGGGUUCGCAAAGUAGCAGCCUCGGUUCUCUUGGUUAGAAGUAUACCUCGCACUAGUUGACUACUCUGCAUGUGGCAGUAUUCUAUCCUUGUAAUUAAUAUUACUGUUUCGGAAACAACACUAUGAACUGGCAAAAAAUGGGUCGAGCCAAUCAGAGUGAGGUACACUUCUGGCUAACAGUACCGAUGUGGCUAUUUUUUUAAACUAGUUAUCGUUCAUUUUUGGGUACGCACGUUUAGCAUACAGAUCAGUCUCCUAACCUGUAGCUCCUUGACAGUAACCAACCUGAAUACCAUUGAAAAUGCCGUGUUCACGAUGCGAUCGUGUGGUCUCCGGUUUGAAUCUUGGCAUGGACAUUGCUGUUUGUCUUGCCUUACAUUAGAUUUUCUUUUUUUCUUUAAUUUUAAAAUUAGAAUAUUUGUGGUAAUGAAUGAAAUCUAGCGUUUAAUGCCGUAGCCCUACUUGGUUAGACUAGGGCACUUUAUUAUCGUUCGAUGAAGCUUUUUCAUUUGUUUUUUUUUAAUUUUUUUUUAAGGAUGGUAUUAAUGCAAGAGGAUGAUGAAGGUUUAUUGUGCUCAAUAUGGCCCAAAAUAUUAUAAUCGUGCCAAACCAUCGUAGCUGGUUAAAGUGUUUUUUUUUAAAUCUUGAAAGGAAAUAUCGAAAGGAAUCAUUUCAUCAAUCAAGGAAUCAAUCAUUCAAUAAUAAAUAUUUUUUUAUUAAUUUGUUACAUAAAAUUGAAUUUUAAUGUUGCUUACCUGAUCACAUGUAAAAUAAGGCAAGCAUUUUAUGCCGUAAGUGCAACGAAGAAUUUUCAUACAUGCAAUAUUAUUUUUAUUUCUUGGAGAUUUUAGGCUGCUAACACCAAUUAUUAUUUAAGACCUUUUAUAUUUGCAAACAUGGUUUUUUUCCGAAAGAAAUUAAUGUGUAACACGAUCCGAUAGGAGUAAAUCAUAAAAUAUUGGCGACACUAUAAGGCUAUUACGGCAAUUCACACAAAUAACAGUAUUGAGACAAAUCACUACAGAUAGUAGAUUACAGCAUUCCUCUUCCGGUGGUCAAAUAAUACGGUAAUUAAAAAAGAGACCACGAUUGUAGCUAUAGGUUUUGAUCAUUCAAUGCAAACGUUGCUAUCUGUGAUAUGUAACCGUAGUGUGAAACAUGGAAUAAACUAUAAGUUAGCUAAAUAACACAGCUAUUUGAGUUCUCUUAUUACAUUUCAUUUACAUCCCAAUAAUUGUAAAUCUCGCAACAUAUAAAAAUAGUAAAUCUAAAAUUAUCAUGGAAGUUGGUCAAAUAGUUCAAAGGUUCCCUUUUUCUAACAUUUUGUUGGAAAAAUCUAAUUUUUCUCAUUUAACAUUUUUGAAAAAAAAUUGCAUUGGCUUUAAGGUGAGAGACCAGAACUUUUGAAAACGAUUUCUGAUAAAUUCUCUCGCCCUCUUUUAUACUUUAGAAUAUUAAGUGUCAUCGUAUUUGGAUAAUGGGGCUGGAAAUUAAGUGAAAAAAAAAUGUUUUUAAAGUACUCAGUGGCAAGAUGUGAUAAUUUUCGUAAAAACACGUUUUCGUGCGAUUUAUUACUAUUGACACAAAUUAGUAAAAAUUUCCAUAAUUAAAAUGGAGACCUUUUGCGUAAUACAAACUUAGACCCUUCACGAUGCAAAGAUGGCUAGAGAAGCGUUACAAAGAGCGUUACACAUAGACAACCGUCUAUAAUAUUAAAAACAUAAUAUUUUAUAUUCUAUUUGGUUCUGAUUAACGCUAAAAUUAAAAUACUAAAAAUUUAGGGAUAGCAAUCAAUGGAGUGCAAAUUUAAAGGUCGUGAGUUCGGAACCCGCAGAAGAUUUACAUUUUAUUCCAUUUUUAAUUUUUUGCUUUUGCACUUCCGCCAAAACUAACAGCUAAAGCGCAUUUGGAUACUUAAAAUAUUUUGUAUGUAUUCACUUAUGAGAAAUUUUGAAAUACAAAUCCCACUUACUUCACAUAGAAUGUGAUAAAAUAUAUAAAUGUAAAUCCAAAACAUCAUAAUAGAGUGGCGAUUUUAGAUCAUUGCCCAAUAAAUAAGUUUUUCUAAGGCCGAUUUUGACAAAUAUUUCGGAGCAUACCCAGGACUAAAACAUAAAUACAAAUUACACAGGACAGCGCAACAAAUUUAAAAAUUAGCGGAAAAAUUGAAAACUCAAUUUAGCAAAAAACGAGAACGCUAAACCAACAAAUCAUAACGUACAAUUUGUGCAAUCAAAUAGAAUAUAAAUUUGCUCUUAUGCAUUCUAGACUAAAAAAUACAGUUGUACUAACGUUUUUUUUCAGGUACUAUUGCAUAGAAGCAAUUGUACAUGAAAUUAUAAAAAGUUUUAAUUGUUAUUGCAUUAGUAAAUUUUCCAAAUGUCUUUUUCGACAAUCAUGUACUACAUUGUUGCACGUUUUCUUAUUCCUUUUAAGCCAUCAUGAUGUUUCCUGCUUUUACCUAUUAGUUUGUCCUUUUUAAACAUAUUUUUUUAAUUUUAAGGACUCACAAGGUUAAAUUUAGAUGUUUAUGUGGUUGAUGUAUUUAAUACUAAGAUUUUUAAUAGGUGUUGUGGAUUGCAAUUUCGUGAAACAGUUUCAUCAGUUUUUUAGGUGAAGAAUAUAAAUUAUCUUUCACCUCAGCUGCAAUUUAUAAAAAAAUUGUCCUUUUUCAGAAAAUUGCUUAUUAUAUUUGCAUUUUUUCUUAAGUCUAUAUACCUUACUACACUAAUAACAAUAAUAAGACAUUUAUUGCAGGGGCCGUUAUGAAAUGUAACUAUUCUAAAAACAAAACAACGCAACUAAUAUAUAAAUUAGGCUUAUCUCUGGCUAAA